CAAUCACUCAUCUCCUCUCUUUGGUCCCUACCCCUUAUAUCCUUUUGUUUAUCACUUCCUUCUUUCCCUCCACUUUCUGUCUCUUCUCGUUGCAUCUUAUUUUCGAUUGCACCCUUCAUUCUCCUUCUUCAAUCCUCACAUAUUCACCCUUUUUCUUUGGCCACACACAAAGCAUCAACUUGCACUCUUUGCAUUCUCUGUCUGCCCCACCAACCAUUUCAUUCCCAAAACCAUUGUUGACCCUCAAAGUUUGCAGCUUUGACAAGCUACUGGGUUCUUCUCCUCGUUCCCCUCAAUGGGUCCUCUCAUGCCAUUUCUCUCACAAAUGGGUUUUCCCAGCUGAGUUCUGGUGAUGCAGAUUUUAAUGAAGGGCAUUCGGUGAAAGUGGUUAGGUAGCUAUGGUUGCUGAAAAUUGGAUUGUAAAGAUGGGUAACCAAGUAAGUGCCAAUCUCAAGCACGCUCUUCUUCUCGAACCUUCCGCAAAGAGAAAACAAGAUCCCAAGAGGCAAGAUAAUAGUAGCAAAGAAGUGAUUGGGAUUCUCUCUUUUGAAGUAGCAAAUGUGAUGUCCAAAAUUGUUCACCUUCACAGAUCCUUGUCCGAGCCCGAGAUUGUGAAGCUUAGGAGCGAGAUCUCGAACUCAAAGGGUGUUCAAAACCUGGUUUCCUCCGAAGAGGGGUAUCUCCUGGAGCUGGCUCGAGCAGAGAAGAUGGAGGAGUUGAACCGUGUUGCUGGCGUGGUUUCUAGGUUGGGGAAGAAGUGCUCCAUGCCUGCUUUACAAGGCUUUGAGCAUGUGUAUGGAGACAUUGUUAAUGGGGUCAUAGAUGUGAAGGAGUUGCGGUUCUUGGUUAAGCACAUGGAAGGAGUGGUGAGGAAAAUGGAUAGGUAUGUUGGUAAUACCAGGAGUUUGUACCGUGAGAUGGGGGUGUUGAAUGAUUUGGAGCAAGCCAUGAAGAAGUUUCAGCAUAAGGAGAGUACAAGGGCGUUUGAGCAGAAACUCACGUGGCAGAAGCAAGAUGUGAGGCAUCUGAAGGAGGUUUCGCUGUGGAAUCAGAACUUUGAUAAGGUUGUCGAGUUGCUGGCUAGGACGGUUUGUACCAUUUAUGCUAGAAUCUGUAUGAUCUUUGGUGAUUCUACAUGGAGGAAGAGUGCUACCCUUGGGCUUAGUGGAGGCUCUCCACCCAUGCAAAGUGAAUGUGGGUUGGUGUCUGGCCAGAUUAAUGUUCCUUUGAGUUCUGACAAGUUGAAAGCCAAUCAUGGCAAGAGAAAUGGUUGUCAUUUGGGUUCAAGUGCUGUGGAGACAAGGGAAACUAUGAGGAGAGGUGAAUUACCAUAUCUUCAAAUUGAAGAUUUUGGUUUUCCUUGUGGCACAAGUCCUGGGAGACUCUUCAUGGAUUGUCUUAGUUUAAGCAGCGCGGUUACAAAAUUCGAUGAGGGCGAUGACAAUGACGAAGAUGUUAUUGGUCACAUAUCAAGCUUUCAAAGUGUCGGUCUUGGGAAUAAGGUCAAGAAAAAGGAGCACUUGUGCCAUUCUGGUGGUUUAAAUCAUGUUCAAAGUGGUGUUCCUUUUACUAAAGAUCUAAGACAAGUCAACUCUGGUCUUCAAAGUCUUCAAAGUUGCUCAUCCUUUGAUCUCCAAAGUAGAUUAGGUGGUUAUGCACCUCCUUCUACUCUUGGAGGAUGUGCUCUGGCAUUGCACUAUGCCAAUGUGAUAACCGUCAUAGAGAAACUCCUUACGUAUCCACAUUUAGUUGGUGAGGAAGCUAGGAAUGAUCUAUAUCAGAUGCUACCAACGAGCUUAAGGCUAUCUCUGAAAGGCAAACUCAAGACCUAUGCAAAGCACUUGGCCAUAUAUGAUGCCCCUCUGGCCCAUGACUGGAAGGUGACUCUUGAUGGGAUUCUUAAGUGGCUUGCUCCACUUGCUCAUAAUAUGAUCAGGUGGCAAAGUGAGAGGAACUUUGAGCAGCACCAAAUUGUUAGCAGGACAAAUGUGCUGCUAUUUCAGACACUAUACUUCGCUGAUAAGGACAAGACAGAGGAAGCUAUGUGCCAGCUUCUCAUGGGACUCAAUUACAUAUGUCGUUAUGAACAACAACAAAACGCGUUAUUGGGUUGUGCAAGCAGCUUUGCUUUUGAAGAUUGCAUGGAAUGGCAACUGCAGUGUGGCGCUUUUAGCAGUUGAAAAUAUUCUGAAUAUUGAGAUCCUCAAUUUGAUGACCAUUUUCUUAAUUUGUAUUUAACACCAUACAUCGACAUCAUUUCGAUGCGGCAUGGAAUUUUGAACUUUGUAUAUUUAGGAUUAGGACUCUUUGUUGAAGGCUUGAAAAGUAUUGUAAAAUUGCAAUUCGAUUUAUAAAGUAUAUAAGCUGUCAUGUAAUAUUUUUGAAAUGGGUUAAAAAGUGCUUACAGUAUGCUUUCUUU